AUGGCAUCCAAAAAAAGACAACAGUGGGACGAGCAUGAUAUGCGACAGGCUAUUGAGAACGUACAAGAUCACAGUAUGGGCUUUAAGUUGGCUGCAAAGACCUUCAAUGUUCCCAAAACAACUUUGCGAAGGCGUUUGGCUAAACAGGACAGUUCCAAGGUUAAUUUGGGAGGACGAACCGCAAUUUUCUCUAAAGCCAUCGAAGAGGAGAUUGCAGGAUAUAUUAUUGAUAUGGAAACACGUUUUUUUGGUUUAACCUCUAAAGAUUUGCGGCGGAUGGUAUUCGAAGUAGCCGAAAAAAAUAAAAUAGAGCAUCGUUUCAAUCGUGAAACAAAAAUGGCAGGUUGGAAAUGGGUGAGGGGAUUCCUGAAGCGCAAUCCACGAAUUUCUUUGCGUAGUCCAGAAAGUACAUCAUUAGCUAGAGCCCAGGCUUUUAACAAGCCUAGUAUUCAAGCCUAUUUCAAUGCACUAUCUAACACUCUGGAGCAGUACAACUUUCCCCCCGAAAAUAUAUUUAAUAUGGAUGAGUCAGGUUUGACUACGGUCCAAAAGAAAUGUCAAAAAAUUUACGCUUCAAAAGGUCGGAAGCAAGUUGGUGCACUCAGCAGUGCAGAGCGUGGGCAGCACGUGGCCGUAGUGUGCGCAAUGAAUGUCAUGGGCACUUACAUCCCUCCUGCUCUUAUUUACCCUCGUCAAAGGAUGAACGAUGAGCUUAGGAACGGUGCUCCCGUUGGUAGCAUAGCUUUCGUAUAA